GUUGACAUCAUAAAGAUGGUGACAUAGGUAGAUCCCACUUCUGUACUUCUCAUAAUAAGCUCAACUAGCAACUAUACACAUAAGACAUCACUGGGCAAUUCUCAGGACUCAGGGGUGAUGCUGAACACCCCCUGGACUACAAAGAUCAAUAGGGACAGCAUCAGAAGGUUAAGUGGAGUCGUUUCCCUAUGACCACAGUACACUUCUCCAUGGGCCAGCACAGUGCCCCACCGUGGGGGACCACCUAGAACUAGGGUUCUUCUCCCAAGAAGAAAAGAGCCCAGAGUAGGUCAAUGACACCAUGGGCAUUGUGCCUUGGGGAGGAUGGCUUUUCCUGAAUGAGUCAUUAUCCUUCAGUGGAACCACUUUAAAAUUAUCCAAAAGCCUUCUUCAUCAUCAACAUCGACUCUGCCAGAUGACACCUUAAACCUAUGCCCAAAAUGUUUAAUCAUCCGUAUCCUCUCUCCACCCACUCCCACAUCUGCACCUGGAAAGAACAUCUACCACACCCCGAGCAUUGUCCCAACUUGGUCUCUUCAAAUGAAUGUUAAAACAUCCCAUGACUCAUGAAGUCUCCACGUUUUCACCUAAAUCAAACUGUUAUACGAAAGUGACUAACUUGGAUGAUGUCACUUCCAAGAAGGGAAAAGAAUAAGCUCUUCCUCAGAAGAGAUUCCAGGAGGAAUCAUAGCUGCACUCAGAAAAAAAUGCCUUUAAAGCCACCAGCAGAGCCUCUUGUAAGCUGCUCGCCUGCAGCUGGGACUCCUCCACGGAGAUCUUGUGAGAGAGCUCGCUAGAGGCCGAGGUGGACGGAGCAGAGAUGGCGGGGUCUCAGCGACUGCUGACAUUCAGGGAUGUGGCCAUAGAAUUCUCUCAGGAGGAGUGGACAUGCCUGAACCACACUCAGCGGAAACUCUACAGGGAUGUGAUGUUAGAGAACUACGGACACCUCCUCUUCUUGGGUCUCAUUGUGUCAAAGCCAGACCUGGUCUCCUUUUUGGAGCAAAAGAAGGAACCUUGGAGUGUGAAGAGAAAGAAGAGAGUAACCAUCCAUCCAGCCAUAUCUUCAUGGGACACCCAGAGCUUGCUGUCAAAGCCAAGCAUCGAAGCUUCUUUCCAAAAAGUGUCAAUGGGUAGAUUAAAAAAUAAUGCCGUUGAGAAUUUACACUUCAUCAUAACAGACUGGGACAAUGAUGGAGAGAGUGAAGGGCAUCAAAGGCAUCAUGAAGGACACAAUGAAACUGAGACAUCUGCCCAUAAUAAGAAUCUCCCUGCCAAAAAUGGUCAAGGAUAUAAAACAUUUUCAGUAACCUCCCUUUUUAAGUCUGCUACUUCCACAAAGCAGUGCGUUUCUGAAAACAAAAGCUCAAAUCAAAUGUUCAAACUUACAUAUUUAGGGAACAACGAUAGUUUAGAAAAUCUGGGAAGUUACCUAGUCCAUGCUGAAAAUAAUUAUUUGAACCCUUGUGAAAAAAGAAUUGGAUUGACUAUUCAGUCGAAUAUUUCUAAAAAUCAGAGAUAUGAAAAUGAAGAACAAAGUGCUAACCAGGAUCCAUUUGAGAGGUGUUUCACUAAGGAGUCGACCCUACAAAAUUACCAGAGCCUGUUCAAUGGAGACAGAGUUGCUCAAUGCAGUGAAUCUGAGAAAACAUUUAACCAGGGCUUCAAUGUUAGUCAAUGUGUGAGGACUCAGCUUCUAGGGAACCAUCAUGAGUGUAGUAAAUGUGGGGAAGUCUUUUAUCAAAAGUCUAACCUUAGUACACAAAGUAGUAUGAAUACAGGAGAGAAUCCUAAAAAUGAAUGUGAGAGUGCUCUUAACCAGUCCUCCAAUGUUGAUGAUCAACAGAGAAUUCAUGUGGGAAAAAACCCAUUCAGGUGUAAUCAACCUGGGAACAUGUUUUGUCAAGCAUCAAGGCUAAGUAUACAUAAGACAGUUCAUAGUGGAGAGAAAAGUGACAUUUGUAAGGAAUGUGGCAAAGAUUUUGACUUGAACUCAGUACUACCUCAAUGUCACAGAAUACGUAAUGGGGAGAAACUGUACAAAUGUGAAGAAUGUGGUGAAACCUUUAAGGUCUCCUUUUCCCUAAAUAGACAUAGGCAAAUGCAUACUGGAGACAAACUUUACAAAUGUGAAGAAUGUGGCAAGGCCUUUACACAGCACUCAAGCCUUACUCAACAUCACAGAAUUCAUACUAGCAAGAAACCACACAAAUGUGAGGAAUGUGGCAAGACCUUUAAGACGUGUUCAUAUCUUACUCAACAUCACAAAAUUAACACUGGAGAGAAAACUUACCUAUGUAAGGAAUGUGGCAAGGCCUUUUACACUCAUUCAGGUCUUAUUCAACAUCACAGAAUUCAUACUGGAGAGAAACCGCACAAAUGUAAAGAAUGUGGCAGGGCUUUUACACAGCCCUGGAACCUUAUUCAACAUCAAAGAAUUCAUACUGUCAAGAAACCUCUCAAAUGUGAGGAAUGUGACAGGACCUUUAGUACUCAUUCAUCUCUUUCUAAACAUCACAGAAUUCACACUGGAGAGAAACCUUACAAAUGUAAAGAAUGUGGCAAGGCCUUUAGACAUGGCUCUACCCUUACUCAGCAUCAUAGAAUUCACACAGGAGACAAACCUUACAAAUGUAAAGAAUGUGGCAAAGCCUUUAAGCAACACUCACACCUUUCUACACAUCAUAGAAUUCAUAUUACAGGACAAUGUUACAAAUGUAAAGAAUGUGGCAGGGCCUUUACACGGUCCUGGAGACUUAUUCAACAUCAUAGAAUUCAUACUGUCAAGAAACGUCACAAAUGUGAGGAAUGUGACAAGACCUUUAGUAGUCAUUCAUCUCUUACUCAACAUCACAGAAUUCACACUGGAGAGAAACCUUACAAAUGUAAAGAAUGUGGCAGGGCCUUCACACAUCACUGGAGCCUUACUCAACAUCACAGAAUUCAUACUGGUGAAAAACCUCACAAAUGUGAGGAAUGUGACAAGACCUUUACAAGGCGUUCAUAUCUUACUCAACAUCACAGAAUUCACACUAGAGAGAAACCUUAGAAAUGUAAAGAAUGUGGCAAGGCCUUUAACACUCAUGCAAGUUGUAUUCAACAUCACAGAAUUCAUACUGGAGAGAAACCUUACAAAUGUAAAGAAUGUGGCAGGGCCUUCACACAGCACUGGAGCCUUACUCAACAUCACAGAAUUCAUACUGGCAAAACUCACAAAUGUGAGGAAUGUGACAAGACCUUUAGUAGUCAUUCAUCUCUUACUCAACAUCACAGAAUUCACGCUGGAGAGAAACCUUUCAAAUGUGAGGAAUGUGGCAAGGCCUUUAGCCAGCACUCAAGUCUUCCUAGACAUCAUAGAAUUCAUACUGGAGAGAAACCUUACCAAUGUAAAGAAUGUGGUCGAGCAUUUCCCAGCACUCACACCUUACUAGUCAUCACAGAAUUCACACUAGAGAAAAACCUUAACAAAUGUAAAGAAUGUGGUGAGGCCUUUAAUCACUAUUCAGCCUUUACUCAUCAAAGAAGUCCCACUAGAGCAAAGGCUUCAAAGUUUUAGGAUUGUGAGAGAAUGUUUAAGUUCUUUUAAGCAACAAGAAACUUGACUUGAAUAGAUAAUGAUCAAUAUUCUUUUCUUUCAGAGCAAUUUAUCCUUACUUUAAGACAGAUUGUCCUACAUCUAAAAUUGUAUACAACAAAAUUAUAUAAAAUAUUCCUUGAUUUUGCAAUGAUAAAUGAGAAACUUAAAAAUUCUCCAAUGUCACUGUGGAGGCUGAGUAAAUGAGGCCAUUCCACCUUAACUUUAGCAUUAGCCCAAGUACAGCAAUGUCAGGCCCCUGUGAUAAGAGCUGAACUUUACCUUACUUCGGUUACAGGAAAAAACAGCUUACAGCUUAACCCCCUAGAAAGUCCCAUAUCAGAAUGAGAACAGAGAUUAAUGCCCUUGAAAGCCCCAUAUCAGAAUGUA